AUGUCUGGGCUUCAGCUGGUCAGAGAUAAACAACUGGGGCGUGAGGUAAAUUUUGGUCUGAGGACAGCUGGUCAGUUGCUGGUUGUAAUGACUGGGCGGACGAUUCACCAGCAGAGGCUGUCGCCGCCCACAGUGCCGCUAGUACAGUGGCGCGCUCCACUGUGCCCACAGGAUGCGCAGCAGCAGCAGCAGCAAGGAGCACAGGCGGCGCCGCCCCCCGAGGGCGCGGGCCCCCCGCCGCCGCCGCUACCGCCGCCGCCCCCGCCGCCCCCGGCCAGCCCCGGCGCCGACCCCGGCGCGGACGAGGAGCGCGACCCGGUGUGGCGCGCGGCGCGCUUCCUGCGCGCCUACUACCGCGAGCUGGCGGCGCGGGAGCCGUCGCGGGCGCCGCCGCCCCCGUGGGCGCCGCAGCUGCCGGCGGGCGCGCUGCACGCCGCCGCCUUCGAGCCCGCGCUGCAGCUGGCGCCGCUGCGGCCCGGAGAGCCCGAGCCGCGAGACCGCAUCCGCGCAGACCAGCUGCUCGCGCCGCUCAGGACGAGCGACGGCUCGGUGCUGGAGGCGCCGCGGCGGGUGCUGGUGGAGGGCGCGCCGGGCUCGGGCAAGACGGCGCUGGCGCUGCGGCUGCUGCACGGCUGGGCGGCAGGCGGCGGCGAGGGCGGCGAGGCGUGGCCGUGGGCGGCGGGCGUGCGCCUCGCGCUGCUCGUGCCGCUGCGGGCGCUGCGCGGCGCCGCCCCCGCGGGGGCGGGAGGGCCCGCCGGCGGCGGUCCCGGCUGCUCGCUGGCCCACUUCCUCACCAGGGAGCUGCUGCCCAAGGCGGUGGCGGCGCCCUCGCUGUGGAAGAGCCUGCCGCAGCUGGAGGAGCGGCUGCUGGUCGUGGUGGACGGCGGCGAGGGCGACGGCGAGGGCGAGGGCGGCGGCGGCGGCGGCGCGGCCGACCUGCUGUCGGGGCGGCUGCUGCCCGACUGCCGGCUGCUGGUGACGGCGCGCCCCGGCCGCGCCGGCCCCCACCUGCUGCAGCGCCUGCAGCGCCGCGUCGCGCUGCGCGGCCUCCACUGGCCGCACGUCGAGCGCCUCGUCGUCGCCUACUUCGGCGCCACCAAGAAGCCAGAGUGCGCCAGCAGGUUCCUCGAGGUCGUCGGCGGCAGUCACCAGGUGCUGCGCCCCCUGGCGUCGUGGCCGCUGGGCUGGCUGCUGCUGUGCGUGCUGUUUGAGGAGGAGGGAGGCCGGCUCCCGGCCGACUCCCUCGAGGUGCACCACGCCCUCUUCAAGUGCAUCGUGCGCCGCAGCCUGCACAGCAGAGGCGUCGAGCUGCCACCUGGCUCCGACCUGCCGGGCCACUGCAAGAAGCUGCUUGCAGAGUUCGGCAAGCUAGCACUUUCCUGCAUCAAGGAGGACCGCUACACUUACACCGAUGCUGAGAUACGUGCGCACUGCCACGGGCUCGAGGUGCUGGAGAUGGGGUUCCUGCGGCGCGGCAUGACGCUGGGCCAGCGCCCCGACCACUACACGCCGCUGGCGCGCAGCCUGGCCGACUUCCUGGCCGCCUACUACCUGUCGUCCGUGGUGCACUACGCCAACAUCCUGCGGCGCGAGCUGGACGAGCUGCCCGGCCUGGCCGCCUCCGCUCCCGCCGCCCCCGCCACCCCCGCGGCUGCCGCCGACUCGCCCACCGUGGUCGUCGUGCGCUUCCUCGUCGGGCUGCUGGGCCGCAAGGCGCACCUCGUCUUCAACCAACUGUGCCCGCUCGACUUCCCCACCAGGACACUCUUCAGUCUGCUCCAGGCGGCGGGCCCCAGCGAGGCGAACGUGGCGGCGGUGUGCCGGCUGGUGGGCGCCGCCGGGGCGCGCGCCUGCCCCCCGGGCCCCGGCCCCGGCCCGCCCCCGCCGCCCCCGCUGGUGCGCACCGCGGCGCUCGAGCUGCAGGGCUGGGCGCACGUGCUGCGCAGCGACGCCUGCGCGCUGCCCGCGCUCGAGCUGUCGCUGCAGCUGGACGCCGGCGCCGACGCCGACGCCGACACCGACGCCGACAAGGCCGCCGCGGCCGCCGGCUGCGCGCCGCGCGACCAGCUGGACGCCUUCUUCGCGGCGCUGGCCGCCAACGAGUCGGUGCGCGCGGUGCGCGUCUCGUCGCUGCUGGGCCACGAGCCGGGCGCCGCAGCCGCCGCGGAGCUGGCGCGCCUCGCCGGGCACGUGCGCGCCACGCUGGCCAAGCCGCGGCUCGCCGCCUUCGAGCUGGCCAUCACCUGCCUGGAGGACAGCGCCCACGACAGGUUCCAGCCGCUGGUGGACGCGCUGUGCACGGGCCUGGAGGUGGACGCGAGCCCCUCGCUGUCGAAGCUGGUGCUGGACCUGAACAUGGGCACGCGCCAGGUGGCGCAGCUGUGCGCGGCGCUGCGGCGCGCGCCGCAGGUGUCGGUGCUGCAGCUGCCGCACCUGGUGUGCGGCCGCGAGGGCCUGCGCGCCGUGGCGGCGCUGGUGCGCGCGCGCCCCCUGCUGGCGCUCAGCCUCGCCGGGUCGUGGGGCGCCGCGCAGCGCCGCUGCGACGACCCGCCCUCCUCCUCCGGCGUCAGCCUGGGCUCGGGCAGCAGCAGCGGCGGCGGCGGCGGCGGCGCGCUGCCGGGCGGCGGGGGCCGGCCGGGGGCGGCGCCGAGCACGCCGUCCAGCGGCGGCUGCUACUACUUCUCGUCGCUGCCGCGCGGCGCCAUGGCGGCCUACUCGUCCAGCCUGGGCCGGCACGCGGCGACGCUGCCGCGCCAGCCGCUCGCGCUGUCGCUGUCGGGCUCGGCGGCCGGCUGGCCGGACGAGUGCAAGCGCAACUCGGACUCGGUGCUGUGCGGCCGGCUGCUGCAGCCGGCGCCCGCCUGCGACGCCGCGCAGCACGCCGCCGCCUCCGGCUUCCACCACGUGUUCGAGGCGGCGCGCGACCCCGGCUGCCAGCUGCGCAGCCUCAACGUCAGCAAGUGUCUGCUCGGCACCGAGGACGCCCUCUGCCUCGGCGAGACCGUGCGGCGGUCGCGCAGCCUGGCGGCGCUGCGGCUGGAGGGGGCGGCGCGGCUGGGGGAGGUGGUGCCGGCGCUGCUGGGGCUGGCGGACAGCGCCUCGCUGCAGCUGCUCGACCUGGGCUCGCAGCGCCUCUGCCUGGGCGACGGCGGCGCGCAGCUCGUGUGUCAGGCGCUCGCCCGCAACUCCACGCUGCGCCUGCUCAGCCUCGACGGCUGGACCUUCCGCACCGAGGAGGAGGGCUCGCUGGCGGCGCUGGUGUCUCUGCUGCGCGUGACGGGCGUGCGCGACCUGGCUCUGCGCGGCUGCCGCCUGCAGCUGGCGGUGCACGAGGGACCGCUGGCGGCGGGGGCCGGCCCCGGGGGGCGCGGCCGCCGCGCCGGCGCCGCCGCCGCCGCCCACCUGCUCGCUGCGCUGCCGCCCUUCACGUGCGCCGCGGUCCUCUUCCUGCGGCUCGCCGCCUUCCAGGUGACGGUGAACGACCGUCCGGCCCUCCACGGCCCUCUGCUCCUGCCGUUCCUGCGAGGCUUCACGCACCUCAGCGACCUGGACCUGAGCCUGGAGAAGAGCAGCGUCUCCGGGACGGGCGUGCCGCUGACUGUCGACGACAAGGCACUGGUGACCUUCUUCCAGACGUUGUCGGCCAGCUUCCGGACGCUGCAGAGCCUGCGAAUGAGCCACUGGCGGCUGAGCCUGGAGGACGCGGAGCGAACGCUGCGCUGCGUGGGGCGCGCGCUCAAGGCGUGCUCGCUGAGCCACCUGCAGGUGGACGGGCUGCGCGCAGCCGACGUGGCGUGCCGCGCGCCCGCCGAGCACCUGUUCCUGCAGGCGGUGGUGGCCAACCUCAGCUACCUGAGCUGGCUGAGCGCCGCGGGGGUGCCCCUGAGCCAGGCGCAGGCGGCGGCGCUGGGCCGGUGCGUGCGCGACCGCUUCCCCGGCACGGCGCUGCAGCUGAGCGCCAGGGACAUGGAGGCGGCGGCGGCGAAGGCGCUGGUGGCGGCGCUGCGCGACGGCGGCCGCCUCGAGGUGUCCUUCCUGGCCGGCGCCGGCCCCGGCUGCGAGCUGCGCGUCCAGCGGGUCGCCAAGAACCCCAGGCUCCGCGUCAAGCUGCGCCGCUUCACCAGCCUCAAGGAGUGAGCCUCACCCCACAUCGGCUGGCGCCUCUGGAUUUCCCGACCAAAUCCUGCCACAACAGCUACACGGUUAAAUGUUUUGGAUGUCUGUACACUUUAAUAUUAUUGAGAGCAAAACCGUAAAUAUUAUUGUGUUUUUCAGAAGCUAGUUUUCAACUUUAUACUCUGUGACAUUCUAGUGAGUCCAAAUGUUAUGAAUUAACUGAAUGGAGCGGUCUAAAAAAGGUAUUAAACGCAUAUUUAAAGGACUUUUCUUCGGAAUACAACAAAAAAUUCUACAGCAGAUUACACCAGUACAAUUCAAACUUUCCAAACUAAAGCGUUGUAAGAAAAAUUUGACUCGCAUUUUAUUUCCCCUGCAUUGCACCAUACAUAGGAAAAGAACCGCUGACUAUCUCAAGUAAUCGUGUACUGAAAACUGUUAACAUUACGGUAUUAAUACUAUUUUGGUAAUAUUUCUCAGUCAAUGUCAGAGUAGUAUUUGUGGUAAAGUAUCACUGCAGUUCCGGAAUGAGAAAUUGUGAUUUGACCCACUAGUUGAGUCAAGUUGCUCGUCCUGAUAGAAUCCGUUCGUUGAGGAAAUGGUGAGGUACAGCCAUAAUUUUAUUGAAGGAACACUACGUCUGUAUUACGUAUUUGCUUCAGGGAUUGAAAUAAAUCUUUGUGUCCGUGCGAAAUGUGAAAUUUUAACGUAUACAUUAUGUCCGUGAAUUAAAUAGUUUUGUAGUAUUGCAUACUGUCAAUGGUGUACAGUGUCAGAUAUUUCCUUUCCUCGUGACAUUUUGACAUUUUCAUAAUCCUACAAUGCGAUAUUAUCUCGGCUGAGAACAGAAACAAGCAUAUUUUGCUCAUAUUUCAGCUUCUUCUGCCAUUGAUAGUCUGUAACUUUGGAUUUCAGUCUGGUGAACAAAUACGUUCACUUUUAUUGUAAUCCAGUUUUUUCCACAAUUCAAUUUUUCAAUCAGAAAAGUUGGUCUGUGCAUCAAUAGCCAUUGUUACACUAGCACCAAACGUUAUCCUUUGCUUAACUACAGUUGGUAACCUUUUAAAAAACUUUUUUUGUAACUCACAGUGGUAGUACACGAAGAUUGUACUGAGAUUUUCCACAGGAAAUGUCACUCAGUCAGUAUUUCUACAAUUCUUGAGAGAAUAUCAUAUUAAUACAUCUUAUAACGUGAAUUGUUUGAAGUAUUGAAAGUCAAAAUAACCAUGGAAAGACCUCUUCAUAUUUACCAAGCAAGUUUUAUUUAACUACCAGAAGUACAUUAUGAAUGCUUUCCUUGUAACUUUGACAAUUCAAAGAUACAUGCCGCACCAUUUAGUUUACCAUUGAUGAAAUAAGGGCUAAUAAAAGUAUCCCAUAUCAGAUAUCAAUCCUCUUUCGACACUGAUGUUCCAUAUCUCGGCCACCGCGAGUUUUCAGUGGACCAACAGUGGAUGUUCUUUGUGUCUGCCUGUGCGUUUUAGAAUAAAUAUUCAUUGAUAAAAAGAACAUCACAGAAGUUAUAGUUAGCGAAGAUUUGGGUUGAGCGCACUGACAGAUCUGUACAUGAUGCAGGUAAUCAUCCUCGUCCAGUUCCUGGUGUAAAUGUACAUGAAAACAGAAGAACAUGUUGCACACGUGCCAUGUAUGCUCGCUUUAGGAAUGCGAUAUUAUGUUCAUGGUGCCGUGUGUCUACGUGUGGAUUCGUGGCGACAGAAAGGUGAAGCGCAGCUUCACUGGCUUCGAAUGUGCGAUUUCUAUGAUGACUGCGUUGCCUCCCGUUGAACCUUCACACUUCCUGAAGCAGCAAUAGUUGGGUUCCAUCAGGAAGGUGUCUUUUUUAUCAGGAUAUCGUUCUGAGUAGAGUUCCUUUGUCAGAGUAGUAUCACGCCUACCUUCAAGCAAAAGCGAAGGAAAGUAAUGGUGACACAGUUUUAAAUCAAUAAUGUGCACAACAUAUUGUUUAAGUGUACUACAUGCAUCCAUAUAGUAAACAAGAAAACAUUGUUGUAAUAACUGUUCUGCCAAUGCUGUUCUGUUUCAUAGGUAAGUACCAUCUUUUCUCCGUUGUUUCCACGCAAAUCUUCAACAGAAGAUGUCUGAGGGAAUGACUGGCGUCCAUUUUCCUUGUGUUUCCAUUUUUUUACAGUCAACUCCACCUGGCGGCGAGUUACAUCAGCCUGGGUGGCUACACUGUGUACCAGUACUGCAGAGUCAAAGUCAGUUUAGUACAGCAACCUCAGUCAGUUUUGUGUUUUGUAUUUAACUCCCUCAUGUUUACAUGAACGGUACAUUGUAAGACGUUUUUGAACAGGUUUUAUGCAGAGAAAGUGGAUUACCAAAUAAGAGAUACCAGAUGUUAUUUAAAAUAAAUAUAAUAUCUUGAUAACGAAUAAAGCUACACGAAAGGCAAUGAUGUUGGUUAAUGUCGUCCUGAUAGAUAAACAAUUGCAUGACACAAUUUUUUUGUUUUAUUUGUGGACAAAAAGUUGUUUGUGAUGGUCAAUAUAAAUUGCACUGAUAAGCCAAAAAUAUACGUGCAAUUUUUUUUCAGAUCAGGUGGUCUUUUAUUAAAACUAGCAUAGAAAAAAUGCUAUGUUAUGGUUCUCCUAAGGUAAAAUUUAACGAUAUAGCAUCACAAAUGUGAAGGUUUAUUGUGUACUCUAUUCAAUAAUUAUGGAGCUGAAGAUUACCUCAGUUGUUUACUAACUCACUUGUCUUCUUACAUGCAACUCAUUAAAAAUUCACUGUUAAUCUUUGAGAGACUAUCAUUGUUUACAUGUUCUGCAGCUAUAAUUUUUGGCUGUAAUUGGAAGAAUAUCUGGACAAACUCGAGUAUUUGACUGUCGUAACAGCUCUGUCAUACAGGCAGAGUGAUAAAGUUAUAUAAAAACGAUAUUAUAAGUAUAAUGUAAGCUGGUGAUACAACACAUGUUUUUAUUGUGGCAAAGGCAUUUCUUCCCAGAAAACUAAGACAAAAGAACAUUCUUCAUUACUCUACAUGUUCCGAUUUCUUUGGUAUUACAGACAGAGUACUUCAAAUGCUGCUUUGCUUCUUUGUGAUACAUUAAGAGAAAGGUUAAGCUGGUUUAUCAAAAUUUGUGCUCCUUGACCAUAAAACUACGUUUUCACCAGUAGAAUUACCAUCACACCAUCAUUUAAAAAAUGUGAUCUGCUUCGAUCGUUGGACUUACAGAUUGCUUUCACUCUGUACUAAUUUAACUACUAGAAAUUUAGACAUCUGAGAGACAAACUGUUAUUGUGAUCAUCGUUAUGUGACUUCUAAUAGACAAACUGAGACGGUACCUCUGGAAAGGAGACAAUGCGCAUUGCAGGAUUAAUAUGUUGUCAAUGUAUAAAUAAAUGUAAUUUAUAACAGGUUUUGGAAAAGCACAAAUAUAAAUUUUAUAAAUGUGUGAAUUAGCAAGAAUUACAAAGUUUUAUUGUUCUACAUGGUGCUAUGUGUGAAAAAUGAGUGUUUAAAACUGUUCUAUUCAGUAGAAACUGUUUCAUAAAAGGAUGUUAUUUUAAAUAAAUUAGUCUUCAGCAUUUUGCACUGCAGGACCUAGCAGUCAUGCUAUGUCUAAUGGAAAUUCCAGACACGUAUUUUGAAAAGGAUACUCAAGUGUCGAAUAUCAUAUAAUAUUAGUUUACAUUGCAGAAUGAUAGAUGUUUCCAUAACAGAUUUCUAAGAAAAGUGUGUUUCCAACAUCCUGAAAUAUUUGAUACAUUUACUCCGGUAUUGUUACUGCACACUAAAUUAAAUAUCUAUCUGCUGUAUUAUUCUCACGUUGUCAUACAUGGGAUUCAUUAAGUUUUAUAUACGUACCGAGCAACAUAAAAGAAAGACAAAAAUAAAACAAAAAAUAUGGGAAUGAAUGAUGUUGACAGAUUACAUAUAUGUUUUGUAUUAUUGUUAUUGGAAGAAAGUUGCAGUAAGUGAGUGCCCUACAACGGCGUUACAUGCUAAGUUUGCCAUUGAUAUCUCUGAUGUAAAAAAAUAUUUAUAUAAUUUCUAACAAUUGUACUACUUAUCUUCGUUUAAGUGGGAAGAUAGGUUUUAUUUAGAAAUAUUUAAUACAAAUUUGUUAA